AUGCUGUUCCAAUCUCCACUUCUACUUGCGCUGUUUGCAUUCACGGUUGCGGGUACAAAAAUUGGAUAUUACGCGGGCAAAUGCACUCCGGCAGAGACGAACGCAUGUGCUAGUGGUGUUUGUGCCAUCUGGAAAGAUGAAGGCAACAGAAACCUUGCACAUGCAUGCGUAACCGCCCACUAUUGCCAAUGCGCCACGUCGCCCGGCCAACAACUCGAGGCGUGA